UGAAACCGGAUUCAAAAUUCGAAGGGGAGUUGACAAAUUUUUUAACGCUAGUUCUUUUAAACCUUGGCCUGUUCGUGCCACUCUGGCACUUACCUUUGUGAGUGAGCUACAAAUUUGAAAUCAAAAUCUUCUCUCCUCAUCUUUCUGAUACAAGUGAAGCAAGAAACAGUGAAAAAAUGAAGUCUUUCUCAGACCCACUUCACCAAUUCUCUUGAUCAUCUUCUUCCAUCUCUAUUUUCGUUGCCUUUUGAGCUUCAAAAAUGGAAAAAGCUCGAAAAUUUGGUUCUAAUGGAGCUGGAACAGAGUCGUUCACCGAGUCCAGUGCUGUAUCUGGGGAGAGCAGCUCAAGCAGGUCCAGCUCCGACAGUUCCGCCGACGACUUGAAGGCUGUCGAGUGUUCUUCACCGCCCCAACUCGGCUGGCCGAUUCGCAAGGCUCAGCCUUCCAAAACUUCCAACUCCAAAGAACAAAACCCCAAUUCCAAUGGUUCGAAGCUGAACAGAACGGUCCCUAAAGUUUCGGAGAUGGAGAUGAUGAAGGAGAGGUUUGCAAAACUGUUGCUUGGAGAAGACAUGUCAGGUUCUGGAAAAGGGGUUUCCACUGCUUUGGCCAUCUCAAAUUCCAUUACCAAUCUCUGUGCCACCAUUUUUGGGCAACUUUGGAGACUUGAACCCUUGCCAACUCAGAAGAAAUCAAUGUGGAGAAGAGAAAUGGAGUGGCUUCUCUGUGUCAGUGGCCACAUAGUUGAAUUAAUCCCCUCUUUCCAAACAUUCCCUGAUGGAACCAAGCUCGAGGUUAUGACUACCAGGCCAAGAUCUGAUAUCUUCAUCAACCUUCCAGCUCUCAGAAAAUUGGACAAUAUGCUGCUUGAAAUUCUAGAGAGUUUUACAGACACCGAGUUUUGGUAUGUCGAUCAAGGCAUCGUAUCAUCCGAUGGCGAUGGAUCGUCUUCAUUUCGGAAGAUAGUUCAGAGGCAGCAGGAGAAGUGGUGGCUUCCAGUGCCCCGAGUCCCGGUGGGCGGUCUCGGUGAAGAUUCAAGGAAGCAAUUGCAUCAUACUAGAGAUUGUACUAGCCAGAUAUUGAAAGCUGUAACGGCCAUUAACAACAUUGCCUUGAAUGACAUGGAGGUUCCUGAAUCUUACUUGGAGACUCUUCCCAAGAAUGGGAGAGCCUGUCUAGGAGAUGUUAUAUAUCGGUAUAUUACAUCGGAGCAUUUUUCAUCCGAGUACUUGCUUGACUGCCUCGACUUAUCCUCGGAUCAUGUCGCUCUUGAUGUUGCCAACCGUGUCGAGGCUGCUAUCUACGUUUGGCGACGUCGAGCUCAUUCGAAACCCCAACUCAAUCCAACUCGUUCUUCGGCAAGAUCAUCUUGGGAGAUGGUGAAGGACCUAAUGAUUGAUGGUGACAAAAGAGAGUUUUUAGCAGAAAGAGCUGAGGGGUUCUUGCAUUCUUUGAAGCAGCGGUUUCCUACUCUAACACAAACUACUUUAGACACUAGCAAGAUCCAAUUCAACAAGGAUGUUGGAAAGUCCAUUCUUGAAAGCUACUCAAGGGUUCUAGAGAGUAUAGCAUACAACAUCAUUGCUCGAAUCGACGAUUUGCUUUACGUCGACGACUUAACUAACCAUUCGGGUAGGCUGACAUCGGUCGCCACGGUUAACGUAGUCGGUCACAAGAAGGCUGCUUACUCGGUGCAUUUCUCAAGCACUCCAUACAAACUCACAUCCACUACUCCAAGCUUUUCGCCAGCUCCAAUGGUUAGUCCUGCCAAGACUGAGAGACCGCCAUUUCUCAACAACAACAAUAACAGCAAGCCUCCUCGGCGUGGCUUCGGAGUAAAAAGAGCCUUGACGAACUAUCUCGGUGUCGAGACGAAAGCGAAAACUUCCUCAAAUUCAAUUGAAGGGCCUGCUUCAAUUCAGAAUAUUGUUGUUAAUGAAAGUUCAGAACAGAGAAAGAGCUCCUCUGCAGAUCAAAAUGUUGUAACCUGCAGCAAAUUACUCGCUGACACGACCAAAUAGCCAACCAACAGAUAAAACGUGGUUUUCUAGAAUUGCUAUCAUUUGUUCUUCACCAAUAUAGAGCUCUGUUCUUCAGCUCACAAAAAAUAUAAUAUAACAUUUAUUUUA